CCUCAAAAAGUGGGUCGGAGUUCAGGCCGGAGAGAGAUCUAGUUCCAUAUGCCAUAUGGCUCCAUCUGAACACAAGCGACAGACUGUACUUCUAUAUUAAAGACUUGCAACUGGUGACUGAACUGUGCUCGAGAUAGGAAGAGACUCUAUCGACUAAAUGGAUCUUUACUCGAAUAUGGAAGAGGAUUUCAUUGUUGUGACUCCCUCUGAAGCCGGGGAGCCUCCCCUGGAGUACUGUGCCCAAGAUGAAUCCAGGCCUAAACUGUUUGGAGUCUGGGGUGCUUUAAUGCCUGUGGGUAAAGCAGUCACCUCUCUGCUGUCAAGUUUCUUGGACAGCCACAAGAAAGGUACUACUAUGAACAAUGUUACAGUGGAAGAGGUUUCUCCACCAAGACACGAGUGUGCCCCGGCAAAUGAGACACAAGAGUCAGAGUCUAAUCUAAAGCCCGACUCUCAUGCAAAGAGAAGAAAAUCUUUGAUCAGGUCCAAAGCUAUCUCAUCAGCUAGUGAGACAGAGACUGAAUAUUCUUUUCAUCGCUUCAAGUUAAAUUCCAAGGACAAUUCAACUGACGAUUAUUUUGUUCUAAAAGUGAAGACAAGAUCCACAAGUUCUCUAUCAUCAGGUCUAAUAUCACCCACCACGGAAAAUCAAUCAUUACAGAACCUGGCAGAAACUCUUUAUAAAAACGACAGUGGUAUACCUGAGGAAGUUGAGAAGGAUAGUCCUGCAAUGUUGGAGUUUGAACAAGCAUUCUUUAACCAAGACUCUCCUGUCAUCAUCAGAAGAGGUAGCGGAAUGAGUAAUAAAAAGUCUAUCUCCCUUCCAUCAAGAACUGAUAUUGUUUCUCCUGACUCUCUCAUCCGUGUCAACUGGGCUCAUGCCAGAGGCAGCCUGCAACCUACCACAAAUCUAUGCUCAAAUGGACACAUACUUGAGAGUACUACCUCGGAAAAAAGGCUGUCAGAACAAGCAAUCAAGGAUAUCGUGAAGAUCCAUUGUGACGAUUUUGUCAAGUACUCGAACUGGAAUACCCUUCUUCCAUAUCUAGAGGCUGCUGAACUGUUGGACCCUGACACGAAAGAUAAACUGAUGAGCCAUUAUGUUGGUGAACAUGAGAAGAGUCUGUUCUUCUAUCUAACAGCUUUACCGUCGCAAGGUAAAGCUGCGUAUACCACAUUCUACAAGUGUCUAAUGCAAGAGAAAGAACAUGCUGGUCACAAAACAUUGCAGGAAUACUUUAACCCGUUCUCUUAAUUAGUGACAAUAAUGUGUCAAAUGCUGUCCAACCCAUUCUGUGUAAUAAUUAUGAUAUCCCGUGUAUCUACUCAAUUAUUUCAUUGUACAUUAAAAAUAAAUAUCUAUUUCAUUGUAUAAUUAUUUGCAUCUGUUGAAAAAAAUAACUACGUUUUCUGUGUAAUAAUGUAUUUACAAAAUAA